ACGCAUCAACCGAGUCCACGUACCACCCAUCCCUUCCCCUCCACUUCCCCAGCGGCUCUUGUAUAAACUCCACCACCCCAGUCCUCGGGGACGGGCACGCCGCCAUCCAGAUCCAGCCGCCCUUCCCACCGCCGGAACUCCGCCUCCCUUCGCCGUCGGCCCCGCCCCUCGGAUCGGUCGGCGUCUCCUCUUGCUGAAUCACUAACCAGAUGGCUGACGGCGAGGACAUUCAGCCCCUUGUCUGUGACAAUGGCACCGGCAUGGUCAAGGCUGGUUUUGCUGGGGACGAUGCGCCAAGGGCCGUCUUCCCGAGUAUCGUUGGGCGCCCUCGCCACACUGGUGUGAUGGUGGGGAUGGGGCAGAAGGACGCCUAUGUUGGCGACGAGGCCCAGUCCAAGAGGGGUAUCCUCACCCUGAAGUACCCGAUCGAGCAUGGUAUUGUCAGCAACUGGGAUGAUAUGGAGAAGAUUUGGCACCACACCUUCUACAAUGAGCUCCGUGUCGCUCCUGAGGAGCACCCUGUGCUGCUGACUGAGGCACCCCUGAACCCCAAGGCUAACAGGGAGAAGAUGACCCAGAUCAUGUUUGAGACCUUCAAUGUGCCAGCCAUGUAUGUUGCCAUCCAGGCUGUGCUCUCCCUCUACGCCAGUGGACGCACUACAGGUAUCGUGUUGGACUCUGGUGAUGGUGUCAGCCAUACCGUGCCAAUCUAUGAAGGGUACGCCCUUCCCCAUGCCAUUCUCCGUCUCGACCUUGCUGGACGUGACCUCACUGACAGCCUGAUGAAGAUUCUUACUGAGAGGGGUUACUCCUUCACCACCACUGCUGAGCGGGAAAUUGUAAGGGACAUCAAGGAGAAGCUCGCCUAUGUGGCACUGGACUAUGAGCAGGAGCUUGAGACUGCCAAGACCAGCUCCUCUGUGGAGAAGAGCUAUGAGCUGCCUGAUGGGCAGGUGAUCACCAUCGGGGCAGAGAGGUUCAGAUGCCCUGAGGUCCUCUUCCAGCCUUCUUUCAUUGGUAUGGAGUCGCCUGGAAUCCAUGAGACCACCUACAACUCUAUCAUGAAGUGUGAUGUGGAUAUUAGGAAGGACCUCUAUGGUAACAUCGUGCUCAGUGGUGGCUCAACCAUGUUCCCUGGUAUUGCUGACCGCAUGAGCAAGGAGAUCACUGCCCUUGCACCAAGCAGUAUGAAGAUUAAGGUGGUGGCACCGCCCGAGAGGAAAUACAGUGUCUGGAUCGGAGGGUCUAUCCUUGCUUCGCUUAGCACCUUCCAACAGAUGUGGAUCUCAAAGGGUGAGUAUGAUGAGUCAGGCCCAGCAAUUGUUCACCGGAAGUGCUUCUAAGCCCUGGAUUCAUUGCCUUUCUGCUUUAUCGGGGCUGUUCUUUUGUUGAGUCCUUGCCAUGUAAGCUACUGUGUUUGAGAUUGCUGGGGUUCCAUUGAGCUAUAUUACCAGAUUUGUUGGUUGGGUCAAAACCAUGUACCAUUUAGACUCUGUUCAGUGGCUGCUAUAUUCAACCAGUGCUGAAUCAUACAUUGUGUGUUCUGGUUUCGCUUUGAUGGCAAAUUUGGUGCCAAUGUUAAAGAGUAUUGAACUAUCUACUAGCAUGUUCUGUAAUAGUCUUGAAUGACUUGUUUUCAUUUCUCAUGUACAUUCAAUCUGGGAUAUUAUCUAUCGAUGGUGUUGCCCAGUUAAUUCA